GACUGCAGCUGCGUGGACGGUGUGCUGUGGCAACAAAAAUGGCACGGCUGCUGAAAGCGCUCUGGAGCCGAAGGAGCGUGGGGAUUCUCUUCUGCGCGCCGCUCCUCCUGCUCCCUCUGCCCCUUCUAAUUAGGACGAAGGAGGCAGCAUGCGGUUAUGUGAUUGCGCUGAUGGCUGUCUUCUGGUGCACUGAGGCCUUGCCGCUGGCCGUCACCGCCUUGCUGCCUGCGCUGCUGUUCCCCUUGCUGGGUAUCAUGGAGUCCAAGAAGGUGUGCAUGCAGUACCUGAAGGACACCAACAUGCUAUUUGUGGGGGGGCUGAUGGUGGCCGUGGCCGUGGAGCACUGGAACCUGCACAAGCGCAUUGCCCUGCGGGUGCUGCUCAUCAUGGGGGUGCGUCCAGCACUGCUGAUGAUGGGCUUCAUGACCGUGACGGCCUUCCUGUCCAUGUGGAUCAGCAACACGGCCACCACCGCCAUGAUGGUGCCCAUCGUCCAGGCCGUGCUGGAGCAGCUCAACCAUGGUGAGGCAGAGACACUGCAGAUCAUGAGCAGAGAUGAGAGGGACCAUCCCCCAGAACCGAACAGCAAGCAGGCGGGGGGACACGGUGCCCCUCAGGAGGCUAUGGAGUGGAAGCAGAUGUGUAAGGGGAUGACCCUGUCUGUGUGCUACGCUGCCAGCAUUGGGGGCACCGCUACUCUCACUGGGACAGGCCCCAACCUGGUCCUCAAAGGCCAGAUGAACCAGCUCUUUCCUGACAAUGGGGAUGUGAUCAACUUUGCCUCAUGGUUUGGCUUUGCCUUCCCCAACAUGGUCCUCAUGCUGGUCCUCGCCCUGCUCUGGCUGCAGAUCGUCUUCAUGGGCUUCAACUUCAGGAAGACGUGGGGCUGCGGGAUGGAGAAGUCGCAGAGGGAGAUCGCGGCCUACAGGGUGAUCCGCGAGGAGCUCCGUAAGCUUGGUCCCAUGUGCUUCGGGGAGCUGAGUGUCCUGGUGCUGUUCGGCCUCCUGGUGGCGCUGUGGUUCACCCGGGACCCGGGCUUCACGGCUGGCUGGGCCACACUCCUCUUUAACGCCAAGGCGGAGUACGUGACUGAUGCAACGGUGGCGGUCUUCAUCGCCGUUCUCCUCUUCAUCCUCCCCUCCAAGGCUCCACGGUUCUGCUACGGGGGCGGCCUUCCAGCUGAGUCUUCGCCCCCCAACCCCCCCUGUCCAGCACUGCUCACCUGGAACAUCGUCCAGAAGAAGUUGCCCUGGAACAUCGUUCUUCUGCUCGGUGGUGGCUUCGCCUUGGCCAGGGGGAGCGAGGUCUCAGGUCUGUCUAAGUGGAUGGGCAGCCAGAUGACGCCUCUGCACAGCAUCCCCCCCUGGGCAAUUGCCACUGUGCUCUGCCUCCUAGUGGCCAUCUUCACUGAGUGCACCAGCAACGUAGCCACGGCGACCCUCUUCCUGCCCAUCCUGGCCUCCAUGUCUCAGUCCAUAGGAGUGAACCCACUCUAUGUCAUGGUACCUUGCACUCUCAGCGCCUCAUUCGCCUUCAUGCUACCUGUGGCCACACCCCCUAAUGCCAUCGUCUUCUCCUAUGGCUACCUCAAGGUAUCAGACAUGGCCAAGGUGGGCGUGGUCAUGAACAUCAUUGGCCUCUUCUGCAUCACGCUGGCCAUCAACACCUGGGGCAAGGCUAUGUUCCAACUGGACACCUUUCCGGCCUGGGCCAACGGCACAAGGGUGUGAAGGCCAGCAGAGGGCACCCUUCCU